AGAAAUACGUUCCAGUCUAUCAUGGUCACAGACGGCAGAAGUUCUUUCGUCAUCUUCCUGUACAAUGAAAUCCACUGGACAACCGGAACUGCCAGUGGAGGAACCCAAGACGGGCUUAACGGAGUAGCCGCUCAGGUUGGCUUCAAUGCCGGGGACGGGAAGAACUACUACGCCGUGAAUGGGUCCCGGACCGGGGCCAUCAUUAACAUCGGGUCCAUGAGUAACGUGGGUCAGCCAGGAAAGUGGGUGUUCCGGACCGAUGAUCUUGACAUCAAGGACCCUGAGUGCAACCUCAACGGCAAGGCCGACAUUUCCUUAAACCCAAACAAAGUCCAGCUGAAGGGCGGUGACGUCAUUUUCAUCUCCGGUCCCUGCUUCAAGAAAUCCAUGGAUAUUCGUUGUCAGUUUGGCAGCGUUCAGGUGACAGGGUCAUUCGAGAGCGUGCUGCGAGUGUCGUGUGUCGUCCCUCCCAACCUGAACCCCGGUGUCACCAACGUGGGACUGUCUACAGAUGGCGGAAAGACGGUCACGAAUAUCCAGACGCCGUUAACUAUAC